AUGGAACAGGAUUCAUUGAAUGAAGUUUUACUUGAAAAAUUAAAAGCUUAUUCUCAAAAGCCCAAUGAAUCUGUUGAGGGACUAAGAAAUGUUGCUGCAAGGCUUCAUAGUCGUGCUGCUUCUCAAGAUAAAACCAUCAAAAAUAAAACACUUGAAAGAAUAUGGCAAAAAAAUCAAGGUGGUUUAACAUUAAUUUUAUACAUGUUGGAAACUGUACGCGAUCCAUUAACAGCCGUUAGUUUGGCUGGAAUUUUACACGAAUGUGUAGCUGCUAAAACAGGAAAAAAUAGAAAUCCGGCAAUAAGUCAACUCGUUCAUUUAAACGCUACGCAAUCUCUCACAAAACAUUUAAAUUCAUUACAAAUAAAAGAAUUAAUACCGGUUAAUGAUGUUUUGAUACAAGAAAUUGUUUGGACAUUAAGUCAACUUGCCCAAAGAGAUUCUAAAUUUUCACUUAAAUCAAGAUUAUUGGGUGCCGUAAAAACAUUUCAUUACUUUUUGAAAGCUUAUCAUAAUCAUGCUAAACUUUUAUAUCCAGUACUUUUAAUCGUGAAAGCCCUUUCUAGAAAUUCUAAUACAGCUACGGUUCUUGCCAAAGAUGGUAUUGUUGCCACAAUGGAAAAAGUUUUAAGUAACAUUGGUUUUACUCCAAGCGUUAAAUUACGAUUAACUUUAAAUAUCUUAAGUUAUUUAAGUAAAAAUAAAAUUUGUUGCUCUCGUAUAAUUCUUUCAAAUGUAUUAUCUUUAAUCCUUCGAAUUUUCGAAAGGUGGGAAAGAUACGAAGGAAAAACAAAAUUAAAAAUCUGCCAUUAUUCAAUUGUAACAUUGCAACGAGUUUGUUAUUUGAAACAUGGAAGGAAAGCGGUGAGAAGUUUAUCAGGAGUAUCCAUACUUCAUAAAUUCUGUCAAAAUUGUCCGGAUGAUAAAUCGUACGAUCAAAUAUUAAGUAGAGUUUGCGGUGUUGUUAAUUUUUGUCUGGAAAGGAAAAAUUUACCCGUCGACGAAGUUUCCAAUCCAAUUAAAUUUACGUUACCGCAAAUAAGCGAUCAUACUUUGGCAGAUAAAAGUUCUUUUACAGCGAGGGACACCACUCCUGAAUUCGAUGAAGGUGAUAGUGAAGAUGAACUUCUCGAAGAUGUCGAAGAAGAUGGUGUUGUUCAAAUUCAAGGAACCGAUCCGGAUGAAUCUAAAAUUUUACCACAGACGGCAGUCGAAAGAGAUGAGUUCAAUCAACAAACCGAAGAAAAUGUUGCUGCUCACUCAACGUUAAACCAAUUAAAAAAUAUCAAUAAACCUUUGAUUGUUAAUAAAAAAGAAAAAUCUAAAACAAUGUUAAGCGAUUUUUAUAAUAAAUGUACUUUUUUGGCUGUCGAUAAAGGUCGUUAUUUAACAACAAAUAUUAAAUAUUUAUCGAAAGAAAAAUUACAUAAUCUCGAUAUGAGAUUCACAUCAAGCGAUGUUUCUCUAAGAAAUGGAUUUCGUGUCUAUUCGAAAGAAGAUUUAAUAUCACUUAAUAUUUUACGAAAUUUACAUCAAGAACAUGGAAUGCUUCAUGCUUACUCGAUGAUUGCCAGUCAAGUUAAAAGCGUUUUACCAUUUGUUAAAGUUGCCUAUCCUGAUUUAAUGGGUGGGGAAGGAUCUGGAAAAUUAGAACCUUUAAGUGUUAAAGAUAGAAAAGUUUGCCGGCAAAAAUUAUUAGAAUCUGUCGAAAAGGGUUUUCAUCCCAGUAACGUUUCCUCCAAUGUCGUUUACGAUUUGGACAAUUUAAUAUCAUCUGCUAAAAAUAACGUAACGAAUAAUAAAAGGGAAUUAUUUAAUGACGAUGAAAAAAAAGUUGGUGCUAAACAUACUCAAACUCAUCUUUUAUUCGAAUCAAGAUUCGAGAGUGGAAAUUUAAGAAAAGUCGUACAAGUUGGACCCAGAGAAUAUGAACUUAUUUUAAAUUCGGAUGUAAAUUCUGACAGGCACCAUAAUUGGUUUUAUUUUGAAGUUUAUAAUAUGGAUAAUAGUGGCCCUUAUACUUUUAACAUUGUUAAUUUUGAAAAAAUGAAUAGUCAGUUUAAUUACGGAAUGAAACCUAUUUUAUAUUCUGUACAAGAAGCUUUACUGGGUCGACCUGGAUGGGUUCGUGCUGGCACUGAUAUUUGUUAUUUUAGAAAUAGUUAUCAAAAAACUACAGGACAACAAAAAUGUUAUUUCACAACGACAUUUUCAAUAACAUUUCAACAUAAUUCAGAUAUUUGUUACAUUGCAUAUCAUUUUCCUUACACUUAUUCGCAACUUCUUAGUCGAAUUUGGAAAUGGUCUUGUUCAAUAAACUAUGCAGUCACGUAUUUUAGAGCUGAGCCCUUAUGUGAAACGUUAAACGGAAAUCAGCUUCCCAUUUUGACAAUAACAGCAGUUGAUUCAACGAAAAAUGAAUUUCGUGACAGAGAAACUGUAUUUUUGACUGCUCGAGUUCAUCCUGGAGAAAGUAAUGCUUCAUGGAUAAUGUUGGGCACUUUACAGUUUCUUCUAAGUAGUCAUCCUCAAGCAGUGAGUUUAAGGAAUCGAUACGUGUUUAAAAUUGUACCCAUGUUAAAUAUCGAGGGUGUCAUCAACGGCUGUGCUAGAUGUGGUUUAUCUAAUGAAGAUUUAAACCGUCGUUGGAAAAACCCUCAUCCGAUUUUACAUCCGGAAAUAUAUCACACGAAAGGUUUAUUAGAAUAUUGUUGUAGAAUAUUAAAAAAACCGCCAUUUGUUUUUUGUGAUUUUCACGGUCAUUCGAGAAAGAAAAAUGUUUUCCUUUACGGAUGUGCUAAUAAUGAAAGUUGGUCGGAAUCUGAUAAACAGCAAAUCGUGUCUCCAGUUGAAUAUUUACUCAUAGCUCAUCUCAUGAAACAUUUUUGUCCGGCUUUUUCAUUUUCAUCUUGUAAAUUUCGCGUCGAAAGAUCAAGAGAAGCAACAGCAAGAGUUGCUGUAUGGAGAGAUUUUAAAAUAAAAAGAAGUUACACUAUGGAAAGUAGUUAUUGCGGUUGCGAUCAGGGAAUUUAUUCGGGCCGACAUUUGGAUACGGUUCAUUUAAAAGAAGUUGGAAAACAAUUUUGUGAGGCUUUAGCUUGUUUGCAUGAUGAAACAACUUGGCGCCUUGAAUUGUUAUUAGAAUCUCAAGAAGCUGCUGCCAAUCAAAGCGAUUUAUUGGAAAGCAGCGAUAGCUCAUUGGACAGCGAUGAAGAACGUGAAGUCGAUAAUGAAAGUUGA